AUGUCGUCCCAGUUCCCCCUCGACCACGACACAGCCCCCCAUCCCCUCACCAAGGGGUGGAUCCCCGGCUCCUACGUAAAGCAUGUGAAAGACUGGCUGGUCUCCCAGAACUCAAAAUGGAAGCCUGACAUGCUGGCCAGCAAGGCCGGCCGCGACAUUGAGCUCCAGAUGCUCCGCGAGCAGGGCCAACAACGCUUCGACAUCGCGAAUGUCAUGCGCGCCCUCGUCGGCAUGCACGGGGAUUUUGUCAGACGCAACUGGUCGACGCAUACGGAUGAGAAUCAAGUCUGGAGGGAUGUGCUGCAGUUUGCGAACCCGGAGUCUGUCAAAGAGUGGCCUCCGUUUAGAGAGAUGCUGGCGCACGAGGGGAACGGGGUGAAUGUAUUGGGCGAUCUUGACUUUAUGGACGAGUUUGAUCGGUUUGCGGCGGCGAAGGAUCUGAAUAACAAGGUUGUGGUGCUGAUGAAUAUUCAGGAUUGCCCGAGGUGGAGUCAGCAGAACUGGCAGUAG